AUGGCGUCCAAAGCAGGUCGACGUGGGACGAAACGCAAAGCGGAGGUUGAGGCAGAAGAGGAGAAACCAUAUGUGGGGGAGAAGGACAGAGGAGAGGAGGAGAGAGGCCAGGAAGGCCAAAGGGUGGUCAUUGAACACUGUAAGAGCUGACGAGUGUACGGGCGUCAUGCUGAGGAGGUGAAAGCUGCCCUCCUGGCUGCCCGUCCUGACCUGACUGUGGUCUUCAACCCUGAGAGACCGCGCAGGAAGAGCUUUGACAUCACUCUGCUGGAUGGAGGCAAAAAAACAUCUCUGUGGACUGGAAUAAAUAAGGGUCCGCCUGCUAGGCUCAAGUUUCCUCAACCUGAUGUCAUAGUUGCUGCUCUGCAGGAGGCUCUGAAGGCUGAGUAGACGCCCAUGUGAAGCCAAGAGUUCAGGAGAUGUGGUCCAUGGAAGCAGAAUGAUGAGGAGUGACCAAUGGGAUGUCCCCGUCUCUCCUCUGAUGAUGUGAGCUCCAACAGCUCACGUCUCCCGGACGCAUGGUGACACCUAGUGGAGCGUCUCUGAACCACUACAUUUAUCAGAUGCACAGUGCUGCUGUUUAAGACAACAGAACAAAAAAAC